AUUAACAACACCGGUUUAUCAGAUACAAAUCUUCAUUGAUAAGUUUACAUUUUAUAUGCAUGACGCGUGGCCUUACUUUUACUAUCCAAUUGAAGUAAAUUCGCUUUAAAGAAUCUCGAAGUGUAAAUGUGCAAAAAUCUCCAAACUUUUGUGCGCAUCUGGUUCAGCACGACACAUUCACUUCUGUAAGGGACUCAUGGAAAGAUGGAGAUACACGUUUGACUUGUGUACCAGGACAUUGUUAUGAUAACGUCAUAUUUAUCAUUACAAAGGAAACAAUGUUUUCUUGCCGUUGUGGCUUUUUUGCAGCUACGUGUCCGCUUCGGUGCCGCUUCAAUCUAGAAUCGGUCAACCUUGAGAUUGGUGUGCGAGUCUCCAUAUUGGACCUAGCGUAAACUUUGGAGUUUUCUUUUUAAAUAGAAUUUGACGUGGGCUGUGUUGCUCCAUCUUGAAAUGUUUCGCAAAGGAGAGGCAGAAGGAAAGACAACCCAGAUGAAGAAGGGAGAGACUCGUUAUGUAGACCCACCAGAUGGGGGCUGGGGAUGGAUGAUCGUGUUGCACUGCUUUCUGGUGAAUGUCUUGGUAAUGGGCACCCUGAAGAGCUUUGGGAUCUUUUUUUUGGAGCUACAGGAUGAGUUUGGGGGGUCCUCGGAGAGUAUCAGCUGGAUCGGCUCCAUAAUGUCCUGCUUGCGGCUCUCCUUAGGUCCCCUGGCUGCUGUGGCAUGUGGCACGCUGGGAUGCAGGAUUACCUCAGUAGUGGGAGCGGUGUUAGUGAGUGCGGGCUUCCUGAUUAGCAUGCUAGCCACCAGCGUAGUCUUCCUGUACAUCAGCUUGGGAGUGGUCGUAGGUCUUGGCUUUGCCCUUCUAUACCAAGCCACAUCUGUUGUCACAGCGAUGUAUUUCAGAAAGAGGCUUGCAACAGCAUACUCUAUUGGCCGUUCUGGGAUGGGUCUGACCUUUGCCCUUGCUCCUUUUACUCAGCUCCUUCUUGAGCAAUAUGACUGGCAAGGGGCUUUUCUCAUUUUUGGAGGGCUCAUGUUGAACCUCGUAGCCUCUGGGAUGCUUCUGAGGCCGCUUAACCUAAGACCCAUGUCAGUCUCAUCCUCACCAUCAAUGCCUAGAGACCAAAAAGCGCCAUCAGCCAAACAGUCAGGUCUGGAGACUGGUCCAUUGAACAAACACGGUCCUUUGCAUAAUGGCAUUCCAAAAAAAGACCCUGCCUUGGACUCCCACUGGCAAACCCCAGCCCCUGAGUUGCCAGCCAUUGAAACAAAUCCCCCACCAAGCUCAGACCUCACAAAGAGUAUGGUCCGAAGUCCCGCUAAUGGUCCAGAAAAGACCCCCCUUGUGGCAGUGCUGGGAAAUGACAUCUCAGAGGCAAAGUCAUUGAUACAGAUUGGAAAUUCCCCAGUCGCAAGGAAUGCACUGGAACAAUGCGGUGUCCCCAAGCAACCUCCAAGAAAAGCUAAAUUUUUGGAUUUCUCUCUCUUAAAAAAUCCCUUCUUUUUCAUCUACACAUGGUCAGUGGUCUUCAGUCAACUGGCCUACUUCAUUCCCUAUUUCCACCUGUCAGCCAGAGCCAGGACUCUGGGGAUUGAUCCCAUGGAUGCAGCCUUCAUCAUCUCAGUAGCUGGGAUAACAGAGACAGUGGCUCAGCUGGCUUCAGGUGUGGUGACAGACAGGAACCUACUCCAUAAGUACCACUUCCACAAGGCCUACCUGAUCCUGUGCGGCCUGGUCAACCUCAUCUCACCUCUGGCCACCACCUACCUCCUGCUCAUGGUCUAUGCAGUCUUUUUCGCCAUCUUCUGUGGAGGCUACAUGGCUCUGCUGGUCCCCGUCCUGGUGGACCUGGUUGGGAUUGAGAAGCUGAACAACUCGAUGGGAUUUUCCAUGUUUUUUGUGGGCCUGGGCUGCCUCACAGGCCCACCCCUUGCAGGCUGCCUGUAUGACUACACCCAGACUUACGAUGGUUCUUUCUACCUGGCGGGUGUGUGUUACCUGCUGUCCUCCAUCUCACUGUUCCUGGAGCCCCUGGUGCGGCACUGGCAGGCCCGAGGGAAAGCAGGCGGAGGCUGUGAAGGGCAAGAGUCCCAGAAAAAUGACAUUUUGUAGCACGAGAUGGGACAGGAGGCUGACGAAGGUCCCACCAUCUGGGAGCGGGCGAACCCUGCAGGCUUUUUAAGGACACUCCAGUCAGACUCAAUAGGUAUGGAUUUGAGACCCAGCCAUGAGGUCAACAAUCAAAUUAAAAUAACUUCACUGCCAAUGCAAGAAUUGCUGUGAGAACAUAUGUAAUCACCCGCAGAAGUCAUUUCAGCAUUUUUCCACUUUGCACCAAAUAAACACUCCAGAUUUACAGUUUACAUUGUUUACCAUGUCUGGCAGAAAGACAAUACAUCAGUCAGAUGGCCCAAGGGGCAGGAGAGAUCCACAAACCUGAAUUGCACAACACCGGGGCAUUCUGUUUUAAUCUACGAAAAGUGGGGCAGCAGCCAAUGGCGUUUUUGCAUUCUUCGUGUGCCAAGUACCAUAAAUGUGGCUUGACAGUUUUGGGUGCGACUUGUUGUUAGGCAGCAGCCCAUAUCAACCAAUCAAAUCAUUGUUUUGGUGUGUAAGAAGUCAAUUGAGCUGCCUCAUUUAGAAGAGAUUGGCAUGGGAGGAUUUUUCUCUCUUUGUCUUUGUGAGCUGUGACUGGAACUAGAGCAUGUUUGAAUAGACAAGCCCCUGCAACUGGAUAAGGGCCAGCAGAGGCAUGGCUUGACCUUCUUCCCAAGGAAUUAGGAGCACAAAGAAAUUAAGGAGCGCAAUGAAAAAUGAUCAAAUA